AUGGAUGAAAUAAUUUUCCUUUCGAAUGAGAAUUAUACUAAUUAUUCUAAUCAAAAAUUAAACGCCCACUUACAAUUUCAAUCUUUAUCUUUAUUGGAUUAUUCUCAUCAUAAUCAAGGUUGUUUUACAUCGAUAAUCCAUUCACUUUCUCAACUUGAAUUUGAUCAUCCGGAUCAUCCUACUCUAAAUGAUUGUCGUCACAAACAAGAACUUGGACAAGAAGAUUAUCAAGUAAACCUACUACCACAAUCUCAAUCAGAUGAUGCUUCCAAAGGUUACUAUGGAUUAUCGGUCGAUGUCCUUCCGAAAGAAACGAGUUAUUUAGAUUAUAAUGUUGAUAAUCCCAAUCAAGAAUUAACCGAAUCUUCUGGCGAAGGUGUAGCACGAAAGCUAUCUUGGAACAGUUCAACACUUGUGUGCGAAAGCCCAAGACAAAUGACCUUUUCAAGUGAAAGUUCAACACUUGUGUGCGAAAGCCCAAGACAAAUGACCUUUUCGAGUGAAAGUUCAACACUUGUGUGCGAAAGCUCAAGGCAAAUGUCCUUUUCGAGUGAAAGUCCAACACUUGUGUGCGAAAGCCCAAGACAAAUGAGUGAAAGUCCAAGACAAAUAUCUUUUUCGGGUAAAAGUACAUCUAUGUACAAACGUCUAAAACGAAUGUCAUUGAGUGCAUGGAGUGGAAGUAAAUCACGAAAAUUAUCUUCAGGGAAAAACACAAAACGAUGCACUUGGAAAGACGAAGCGGUCAAAUGUUUAUUAUUAUAUUUAAAAGAAAAUAUUAAUAAAAUCGAAAAAUUGAGUGACCCUCAUAGUGGUGUAAAAGUAGAACUCUGGAAUGGUGCCUCUAAGUGGAUGCUCGUUAAUGGCCAUGAUCUUUCACCGGAACAGUGUUACAAUAGAUGGAGAAACAAUAAGCAACGUUACAUGAAUGGCAUUUUAAAUAAAGAGGAGUUGAAUAUUAUUCACGAAAAUGAGGCAAGAACGUAG